CAUACAUAUGCUGUGCUACUUUUUAAUUGCAGAUUUGAACAAUGUUUACAAGAGUUCUAAUUGUCGCCUCCGUAAUUCAACAUAGUUUAAUUAAUACCUCUGCAGCGUUUCUGAGUGGAAUUAAAACAACAGACCAAGCGAUAGAAGAACAGGCUGAAAUACCAGAAUCAGAAGACCUAAGAAUCCACAAUUACAUGAUGAAGCGAGGGUACUUGAAAGAAAAGAAAAAGGGGGAAAGCCAAUUUGAGGAAAUAAAUCAAGAAAAAAGAAGAAAACGAAAUCUCAUUUUGAAAUCUCUUCCUGGGGCAUUUCAGGGGAUUGUAGCAAAGGUCCCUAUAUUCAAUAUUGGGCGCCCGUUCUCUUUUAUCUCAGAAAAUUCUUUUGUUCUUCAACCUGUCACCCCCACCACAGCUAAAUCAUCAACAACCUCAAGAACUACAACAACAAGAUCAAAAACCUCUUCAACAUCUUCAACAACGACAACAACAACGUCUACGCCAACAACCAUCUCAACCUCAACAACAACAGCAACAACAACAACACCAACUAGUUUGCCUACAACAACAGUGGAUGAUGUUUCAAAACCUUCAGAACCAACAACACCAGAACCUGGGGAAACUAAUAGUGAAGUUGUAAGACCUGAGGGUGAACUUGAAUCUGAGAUUCUUAUUUAUCCUGAACUCAUCUUCAGAACUUUAGGAGGCAACAGUGCAGACCUUCAGAACCUGGUUGAAAUCAUGUCCCAGUAUAUACAAAAAGAGCAUGAGGGAAGCCAUGGGCUUGAAACUCAUAAACCUGAAAUUCAGAAAACAGAUGAAAUCGAAUUGAAUUCAGGUCUCCCUGGCGAUCAGAUUUCAUAUUUCGAGAAUCCAGAGGUUACAACUCAACCAGAUUUUAGUAAUCUUGUGUUCACAACUCAUGCACCAACAAAUCAAGAAGAUAAUAAUAUUGCCACUUUUGCUGCUGCUGAUGAUACUGCUGGUGCUGCUUCUACUACAACUGCUGCUGCUGCUGAUGAUAAAGAUGAUAAUGAUGAUAUAGAUGACAUGGAUGAAGUAAAGGAUAGUAGCAAUGACAAAAAUAAUGGUGGUGAUGAUGAAAAUAAGGAAGAUCCAAGUUCUGGCAGCUGGUGGCAGGAUAAAGAAAAUGUAAUAGUGCAGCUGGUCCAGGCUUCUAAUCAGUUUGGUCGAGAGAAUUUUGAUGUUGAACUUGAGAAUGAGCCGAUGAGUGAGAAUAUUCUUGAAACUUGGUCUUCAGCAGAUCCCUACAAACUGUAUUUCUUAAACCAUAUGCAGGCUAUUCAGUCCACUAACUGGACCAUACCAACAGAUAUCUUAACCAAUGAGAAUGUAGCAUCUCAAUAUUACAAUGAUCAAAACCAGUUUGUUGAUUUUUCAGCCAAUAAGCAUGUUUUAGUUUCUGAUCCCACCAAUCAGAGCUCGGCUACAGAAUAUCUGGCCAAUGAGGACUCAUUUGAAUUGCCAAACCAAACCAAAGAACUUGAUAGAACUUUAAACCAGUAUCACACAAACCUCAGUGUUGAUUCUUUCCGAACCCUCCUUGAUAUUCUUUUAAAUUCCAGGGGAAAAGUGACAAUUUCAGUCGAUUGACAGUCUUAAAUAUUAACUUAUGAAUUGUAAUAAAUUUAGUAUUUAAAUAAAAAAGUGCAUUGUUUUAUUGAACUAUGAGUUAAGAUUUAAUCCAGAUUAAAUACAUUGCUACAGACAAAAAAUUUGUCUAAAUUUCAAUAAUGAUGUGUGUGUGUCCGACUCAUAACUUCGAGAUUUUGAACUUGUCAUUUUAAAACUUUGAUAGAUAUUUUGUGACAUAGUGUUUUUAAACUAAUGUGUGAGAUUUCUAUAAAUAAUGUGGUAGCAAAAAACGACAUUAACUAAAGUUUAUAAUACUUCUAUAGGGAACCCUAACCUUCGUCUGCCAGGAGCUCCAAUAUAAUUUUGUGAAACUUUUCAAUAUAAUUUUUUGUUUAAAAGACAGUUCAGUAUCCUUGCCAUAAACUGUAAUCAACUGAUGUAAUUAUGAAUUAUCAUUUUAACAUGUAUAAUUUUCGACUAAAUAUAUGUAAUUUGAUUUGAUUUUA